AUGCACUUCAUCAACCUUCUCCUUGCUCUCGUUGUCGAAGCCUUGUUGGUCGCGGCCAUCCCUCGACUUGAAGAAGAUGUACCCACGACUUCGAAUGCCAGCUACGCAAAUCACACAAUCUAUACUACUGUGUACAAUUCCACCGGUACUGUUUCUGUUGCCCACACUACUCGAACAACGGAGCCUUCAGCAGAGACCACAAGUGGUGCUGUGAGCAACUCGACUUCAACCAUCAGCUCUUCUCAAAGCCGCCCAACGCUUCCGUUCUCAGCAGUCGCCAUUCGGUCAGGUUCUCCAAUACAUUUCCUCCCAAUCAACGCUGCUGAUUUCCGGUUUUGGCUCGGUGGUCAAACUAAAUCGUACUGCCCAAAGCUCGUUCAAGAUCUUGGUGACUGUCCUCCCGGAGACUUAACCGCCUUUGGUCUUUGCGGCAUGGACGUGAUCGUCCCUGGUGGACAGCACAUAUUCGCUCUGCCCAAUGGUGAAAUCGGUUACACAAAGCCCCAUUCAGGCUUUCCACCAUUGGAUUCAAUCGUUUGUCCCUUCCAAUACACCACUGAUGGAACUCCGAAUUGGGAAGGAAUUGGCCAUUUGAGUGCCAAUGCCACCAGAGCAUUUGGACCUCAUGGGCUACAAGCAUGUCCACAUAACGAUGGCCGGUAUCAAGUGCUUUUGGACUUCUCCAACUCCACUGGGUCAAAUGUGAACCGGACCGGGUGUCUACCGUUCGUUGCACUAGCGGUUGAUUACACUCAGGGAGUGGCCGCAUGGGAGUAUAUCUGA